GGCAAAACCCUAAAAUGGCUCAAGAGUGACACUCAAGGCGUGGGAUGAGCGUACGGAAAUGUCAAAAUAAGGGCGACCACGCUGUCUCUCUCUAUAACUUCGCCACCUUCCUCCUCUCUUUCCCGCUUUGUCCGCUCUCUCUCUCCGCUCUUUCCCGAAUUUUCGUAAAAACAAUAACCCAAAAUUUCCCAUUUAUUCCCGCCUUUGAUUCCAAAUCUCUCAUCGCCUCGAACAACCCCAACUCUCCAAUUUCACUCACCACCGCCUCCCGAUUAUCGCCGCGGAUCUAAUCUAGGUUUCCGAUGAACUCCAAUUAGGGUUUCCCUAAAUUCCACAUUAAAAAGGAAUACUUCUUGGAAAUUUUUUUUUUUUUGAAGUUUGAAUUUUGAAACUCGGUCUUGGAUUCGUCGCGAGAGAUAAGGUGUCAAAUCGGGCGAGUCAUCAAGAUAAGGUCAAGGUGUUGUUGGUGGGGUAUUUGAAAUUGGGGUUGGGGGAAGCUGCAUUGAUUGGUAUAAAGUGGAGUUCGAGAGAUGUUGGUGUUGAAUCGAAGCGGCAUCGAUUUCGUGAGGUGUUUCUUUCAUUUGGCUGAAUGGCAUCCGGUGGAAUAGCGAAUCGAAUUGGGCCUUGAAGCCCCCUUACUCAUUUUCUUCAUCAGGUUUUUAGGGUCCAAUUUGUAUUUUGUGGUGUGAAUUAUAAUUACUGCCCAAGCGUUCAGGUUUCUCAUGUUCAGUAAGGACUACUCUAUUGCUAGAGUGACAGAAAUGGGCUGCUGUGGUUGCUUUGGAUUUGUGAGAAAACCCAAAAGUUUAUCAAGGCCUGGUUCUGGCUCAACCAAUUGCCUUUCCCAGGAGUUUUUGUUGGAAGAAGAUAUAGAAGAAGUUGAUGAUCGAUCAUACAAUGGUGAGGUUUCUGAUACUGCACAUGGAGAUGAUGGUGAGUUGCAAAGCCGUGUCCAACGUUCUGAAGAAAUUCUUAUGUUGAGAACUCAAAAUGGAAUGAUUUGCCGUGAAUUUCCCGUCAAGGAAACACACAAACUUAUUCGCUCAGAGGAUGAAAAUGGGAAUAAGAUGAUCAAUGAGUAUGUUCGUGAGUACAAGAUUGGUUCUGGAAGCUAUGGCAAAGUGGUUCUAUAUCGGAGCCUCAAAGAUGGGAAUCAUUAUGCAAUUAAGGCCUUUCACAAGUCUCAUUUGUUAAAGCUGCGAGUUGCUCCUUCAGAAACAGCUAUGACUGAUGUUCUUCGGGAGGUUUUGAUCAUGAAAAUGUUGAACCAUCCAAAUAUAGUCAAUCUCAUUGAGGUGAUUGAUGACCCAAGCACAGAUCACUUCUAUAUGGUUCUUGAAUUUGUGGAAGGCAAAUGGGUAUGUGAGGGUUCUGGUCCCCCAGGCGGCAUAGGAGAAAAUACUGCAAGAAAGUACUUGAGAGAUAUAGUCUCAGGGCUGAUUUACCUCCAUGCUCAUAAUAUAGUGCAUGGGGACAUUAAACCAGACAAUCUUUUGGUUACUCGCACUGGUACAGUGAAGAUAGCGGAUUUUAGUGUCAGCCAGGUAUUUGAGGAUGAUAAUGAUGAGCUCCGCCGUUCUCCUGGCACUCCUGUUUUUACUGCACCAGAGUGCUGUUUAGGUCUUACCUAUCAUGGCAAAGCUGCAGACACAUGGGCUGUUGGAGUUACCUUGUACUGUAUGGUGCUUGGACAAUACCCAUUUCUUGGAGAAUCGCUGCAGGAUACGUAUGAUAAGAUUGUCAAUAACCUAUUAUCUCUCCCGGAUAACAUGAACCCCCAGUUAAGGAACCUACUGGAGGGGCUUCUCUGCAAAGACCCAAAUGAAAGGAUGACGUUGGAUGCUGUUGCAAAGCAUGCCUGGGUUAUCGGAGAAGAAGGGCCAAUUCCUCAGUAUUUGUGUUGGUGCAGGCGAAAUAUAUUGCUAAGGGAAGAUCCUGUUGGAAAUGGGAAGAGUACUCUCACAUGAACCAUGCUGACAAAUGUUUUAAAUAGUUUGGAUUUGUUUUGUACAGUAGAAAAUGUAGAGUUCUUGAAGCAAUAGGGGGGACCCUCUCAGAGCAGAGAGAGAGAGAGAGAGUCGUUUGAGGGAAUUGAUUUACAGUAUGGAAGGGGAUUUUGAUUUGCGAGAACUGGUGGGAUGGUUUUUGAUUUGUGAAAGAGUUGGAACUUGGGGAUUUGUUUGCUGUUAUGAUUUGACGACCAACAAUUUGUGUAGCCAACCCCAAACAAUUUGGACAAGGCUUCAUUGAAUUGAAUAUUGAAUAUGAGAUAUGCUUAUGUUUCAGUCCGCCACUUCA